UAUCAGAUGAAACUUUCGAUUGUCGUUUAAUUGUGUGUCAUCUUCAAGUAAUUUCAUAAAGGAUUACCCUUAAGCCAUUGCGUAAUUCUGUUUUUGUUUUGAUUACAAAGUUCCGACUGAUUGAGAUUGUAAUCGAGCCAAGCACUCUGGCAAGAUACAGUUGUGUCCCAGAAGAUGCGGAAAUUUUCAUUUCAGARAGUUGGUUGAUUGUGACUUUGGUGAAAAAACUGGACAAUCAAAUUGUCAUAUAACAUUACCAUUUCAUCAAUGAGCUCAAGGCUGCCUUAAGUAGUGUAGCACAGUAUCAAUUCCUUCUUGGGUUUUUAUUGCUCGAAAUGCAAUCCAAAAUGUCAUCCACAGGAUCURGCAACUUUACAGAACUAACCCAAGACGUCAUGGAAAAUGGUYYCAUGACGUACAGCAGUGACAGUGUUGUCGCAGCGAAGGCAAAGAAGAUUUCAUUUGGCAYAAACAGAAAACUAAUCKAAUGGWUUCUUGUUGGAGCUAUAGUUAUCUUAGGAAUUACCUGCAUAUGCCUUGGAAUCGCUCUUGUGMUAAAAUCCGGGGAAAAAUCCAAAGAAGCAAUUGAAAAAUCGCCGGAAAAUGUUUGUUAUACCUCUCAGUGCCUUAAGGUUGCAUCUAUACUUAUUCAAGACAUGAACAAAAGUGCCGACCCUUGCGAACAGUUCAUGAAGUAUUCRUGUGAUGGAUGGGUGAAGAAUAAUCCCAUUGCACAAGGAGAAAACGAAUAUGGAAGCAUGUUUGAGCUCUCCAACAAGAACUACAAAAAACUCCGUUUUCUGAUUGAAGACCUYGGUCAAUACCCCACCAAUAGCCCGUUGUUCAAGGUAAAAAACUAUUAUUUCUCAUGCAUGAAUGAGAACGCCAUUGAACAGCAUUCUUUGCAAGAUUUCCAACAGUUUCUUCGCCGUCUGGGAAAAUGGCCUGUCCUAGAUUCAGGUUGGAGUGGCUCGUGGCAUUGGGCUGACGAACUGGCACGUUUUCUGAGCGAAAUCUUCGUCGAAUCACCUCUUGUGAAUAUAGAUAUCAUGGUAAAUCCUAAAGAUACUAAAGAGUAUUUAUUCCAAGUUUUGCCCCCAGAAAUACCUUUGAAAGAGGAAUACCUGAGUAACAACACGAAGACCUUGGAUGCUUUACUAAAAUACAUGGUACGAAUCGUUGUUUUAAUGGGAGGAAACGAGACGAUUGCGUUCAAACAGAUGAAAGAUGUUAUCAAUUUCGCAAUCGAGGCUGCAAAGGUAAAAGAAAUGUUUGAUGAGAUAAAACAAGCAUUCAAAGAUGAAGUGGCUGAUUUGACUUGGCUAGACGACGAAUCCAGGAAAAAAUCCAUUGAAAAGGUUGACACGAUGAAAGACAAGAUCGGUUAUCCAGCUUUGUGCGAUAAUAUUACGCUGCUGACAGAAUAUUACAGAGAGGUAGAGGUUAACUCCAUCGAACAUUACUUACUGAAUGUCAUGAAUAUCAGUAAUUGGUUCCGAAAAUUUCAAAUAUCCAAGAUAGGCCGACCGGUGGACGAUACCGAGUGGUUCAUGGGUCCGCAGAUUGUCAAUGCCUUCUAUAAAAAUGACGGUGUUCAGACGUUGGCAGAGAAUAUUGCAGACAAUGGCGGCCUUCGCUUGACUUACAGGGCGUACAAGAAUUGGGUUGCCAAACACGGGGAAGAAAAGCGAAUUCCUGGUUUAGGACUAACAAAUGAACAAGCGUUGUUCUUAGCAUUUGGACAGAGCUAUCGGCAGUGCCUCAAAUUUAGAAGGAUUUUNGCUGAUCAAAAUGCAUGGCGUGUUUUAGGAAGCCAGUUCAAUAAAGAGGGCGAAAAGCGCACGCCUUGGAUGAGUAACUUUUCYAGGACAGAGUUCGACAAAAGAUCSAAGUGUCUUGUCGAGCAGUACAGUAAUUAUUACUCUGAUCUCGGCAACGGAAAGAAAAUUCAGAAUGACGGUGUUCAGACGUUGGCAGAGAACAUUGCUGACAAUGGAGGCCUUCGCUUGACUUACAGGGCGUACAAGAAUUGGGUUGCCAAACACGGAGAAGAAAAGCGAAUUCCUGGUUUAGGACUAACAAAUGAACAAGCGUUGUUCUUAGCGUUUGGGCAGGUUUAUUGCUACACAGCCAAGCCCUCGGGUAUCAAGUCACGCAUUAUGACUGACAGUCACGCAAUGCCAGAAUUUAGAGCNAUCGGCAGUGCCUCAAAUUUAGAAGGAUUUUCCGUGGAUUACAAUUGCCCAGAUGAUGCAAAGAUGAAUCCUGCAAAGAAAUGUAGAAUCUGGUGAAGAUUGAUCUUCAUUUAGGAGCCGUAGUCGAGAGCGUUCAGUGGGCGUAGAUUCCCCUAGCUCCAUCCGAAAGAAACAGUGUUUCUUCAUGGUUUACCAGCCACGCAACCUGGUUCAGCCAUACCUACACUUCAUAACGUACGACGUAGUUAGAGGUAUAUUUCGUAGAGAGAUCUAAACCCUCGUAUCACAGCAAGCUGCUCAAGAAUUUACAGCUUUAGUUAAGAGAAAGAGAAAGAUCGAGAUGAACUUAUGCUAUAAGCAUUAUUUAUCAAUGCACUUGAUAGCUUGCUCUUGUGGAGCAAUGACGACAAAGACAGCCUUGCCUAGCUAAACCGUCAGGAAAACUCAUAAAACGUAGAGCGACUUCCCUGGAUUGUUACGAUAGAUUGAAGUCAUAGGUAUUCGAAUAUAUAUACAUAURUAAGACAGUCGUGUAUUCCGGAGUCUGCAUUAUACCAUGUUUACUACUAGAGUUUGUUUAUCAGAUUUAAAACCAUAACUCAAUUUCAUUUUUAAUUAUUUUCCCAWUUUUUUACGAGCAGYCAUSAACUUAGUCAUUGUUACUCAAUGUAGUCAAUACUCGGCUCCAUACGACUAGCAGUCACUACGUAAAUAGCUGCUAUAUAUUAGUUAGCCCAUAAGAAAUUGUCAAUAGGUAUACAUGAAUACUAUCGGAGAUCAAUGCGUCCGCCAUCUUGAAAAGUUGGACUUGAAUCACUAAAUUAUAACUCCUAAAGAAACUAAAAGCUUCUCAGCUAAUGUCAAGUUAAUAUAAUACGAUGUAAUGAUAGAUAACUUGACUUGGUAACUAUGAAUGUUCUAAGGCACAACAAAGUGAUUCGGGUCUCACUCGUUUCAAGAUGGCGGGCGCAUUGUUCUCCGAUAGCACUAUGAUGCAUGAUAAGCUAUAUGUAUGAAGGUCAACUAGAACACACUUAUAUAUACCAAGUUAGCUACUAAUUCAGUUCAAAGAAUUGAUAGACUAUAUUGGUGUUUUAUAUUAUAUAUAUCCCUGUAAUUUUUUAUAAAUACAUGUACUCGAGAACUGUUAAAAACAUUACACUUUCUGUUGUGUAAUAUAGCUGAAUAUAGCACACAUUUUCCCGAUGGAAAAUAACGAGAAUAAAAAUCAACAGCCUUA